AUGGAGACGACUGCCGUUUGCGAGCAAAUGUCCUACCCCAAGCCUUACAUUGAACAUAAUUGGUAUCUCUUCAUUGUCAAUGUCAUCUACCGUUGUUCCGUGGCUUGCAACCCAUUGGUUCAUGUUCUUGUUUUUGUCACUGUCAACUCUCCACAAUCCAGCUGUGUUAGGUGGUACUCGCAAACCAUUCUGUUCUUCGAGAUACCCUCUAUUUCGAAAGAGAACUCUCCACUGUUCGACAGUGAGCCAGUUAUCCACGGGUUCAGCUAUUACUUCAUUGAUUGCUAA